AUGAUUCGCUUCCUUACCCGGCCGGUCGAGCCAUGUGCAAACAAUUUGGCUUUCGCCCCCGGCGGUCGUUACCUAGCUCUUAUUGAAAGACGCGAAUUUCGUGACCACCUGAGCAUAUUUGACUGUCAUGCGAAUUGGGAGUUGUUGCGCAAUGUUCAGUUAGACACACAAGAUGCGGUGGGUCUGCGUUGGUCGCCAGACGGUCGAUUUUUGGCCGUGUGGGAUGAUUGUCUACGCUAUCGUGUGACUAUCUACACUGUCGACGGUCGUCACGUUCACAGUUUUUGUGCCUACGAACCAGGACAGGAUUUGCUGGGUUGUGGUGAAAUACCAUUUAUGGAAGCUUGCCCAAGCUAUGAUCAGAAAUGUCGCGUGUUGAACAGCUUCAACUGGUCCUGUCUGGUCAGUUUGACACAUCCGACUGAUAAACCUAUCAGUCCCAUUUUAGGCUUGAGUGCUACCGGCAAAGUGAUUCAAGUGGACGCGGACCUGGACUCCCAAGUACAAGAUGCGCAAAGGUCAUCGUCAAACUAUCGACCACAUCGAAUAGACGUAUAUCAGGAACAUCGGUCCGAUCCGAGUGCUUUCGAUGCGGAAUUCCGCCGUCCUCAAACUUCCGAAGUGUCUUAUCGCUUGGUGGAUGAUGCGAUUACUAUUGCAUCAACCAAGCCAGACCCUAAGCUUCCCAACCCAAAGGUAUGUUUUAAAAGUAGUGAUGCUCUUUGUAAUGUUUGCGGUCACCGAUAA